GAUACAGUAAUUCCAAUCAUCGCCCAUUCCAAUUGCAUUUUUCUCGCUCCGGACAUGAGCUUACGCACAAGUCGCAGUCAACCGAGAAGACUGUCAGAUAUUUUUGCUUGAUUGAUUCGUCGAAAACUACGGAAGAAAGCUGAAGUAUCGAACGAGAAACAGAACAGGCGAGGAGGAAGGAGGAGGAAAGCUUUUGAAGAGUGCAGCAUAUUGUACUUGCCAAAUACUUCUGAAUCUCCAUCCAGGUUUUAAUGGAUGAUGUAAAAGUAUCCAGAACAAGUCUGGAUAUGCAUGACAACAAAAGAAAUCAGCAUGAAAGGGGUUUCAAUUCAGCAUUCCCCACAUUUUUUGAGGAGAUUCCCCAGAGACUUCAGAAUUGUUUGAAGUGGCAUCUCCAGAAGUCCAUGAAAGAUGUAGGACAAGCAAAGUCUGCAGGCUCUUGCAUACCAAAGGAUGAAGGAUCAUGUACUGCUUUGGGGGUCAACCUGGACAACCAGCUUCAGGCUUGGAAAGCAAAUCCUACUUGGACUGAUCAAUCUCCGGACAUAAAGGUUAAUGUACCGAAGGGUUCUCUUUGCAACCUUAAUGCUGAGGUCGAUGUUGGGUUGCCCCCAGAUGCAGUAUUCAACAUUGUUAUUGACCCUGACAAUAGAAGGGUCUUCAAGAAUAUCAAGGAAGUGAUAUCAAGGAGGGUCUUGGUUGAUGAGGGUCCAAGGCAGGUUGUCGAGGUGGAGCAAGCUGCUUUAUGGAGGUUUCUUUGGUGGUCAGGAACCAUAUCAGUCCAUGUUAUAGUGGAUCAGAACAGAAAAGAUUACUCAGUCAAGUUUAAGCAAGGGAAAGAAGGAUUUAUGAAGAAAUUUGAAGGCUGCUGGAGAGUAGAUCCCCUGUUUGUUGAUGAACAAUUAUGCUUCCCUUUCAAGCCUAAUUCGUGGUCUGACUAUGUUUCAUGUACUGGAGGUAAAGGAAGAGUUGGCUCAAGGGUGAGCUUAGAGCAGCUAAUCCAGCCGGCUUUUGUUCCACCCCCACCUAUCUCUUGGUAUCUGAGGGGAAUUACGGCAAAGACUACUGAAAUGUUGAUAACUGACCUGCAAGCAGAAGCUGCUAGAAUCAGGGGAGUUUCAUACAACAGUGCCACUAAAGAGAGUGAAUUAUCCACAGGAGCAUGUGAUGAGCAUUCUGUCGAAGAAUUGAGCGAUGUUAAAGAAAGAUGGGCCCAACGACGAAGAGAAAGAAGGCGGAAGAGGAGUCACCAAAGAUUGCCAUGGUAGUCAAUGGCCAAUGUACACUAGUAAUCCAUUACUGUUACAAAAGUAAAUAAAUGAUAAUAAAUACUGGGAGAGGCAAUAAUCGGUGUAGCCGACCCCAUUUAGAUAAGGCUGAGUUGUUGUGAUAAAAUCCUAGAGUUUACUUUAUUUAAACUUAUCUCCUAUGUGGAAUUCCUGUACUAAGUACAUCCAUAUGAUUCAUGCACCAAAUGCAUAUAUUACAAGA